CACAUCAUUGAAAAAUUCCAAAGCUACAGGAAGGUGUUAAUAUAAUCAUAAGUUAUCUAGUAUGUUAUCAAUGAAUAAAAUUACUUCCUUGUAUGGCUGUUAUAGUCAUGAUAUGUACGCUUGUAUUUGUGCUCUCUUUCAAUUUAUUUAAACUAACAGAAAACCGUGUAUGCUGGGGAGUUAGUGGAAAAGUUUGUUGUGAUGGGUAUAUGCUGAUUCAGACAACUGGAAUUUGCCAAAAGUGUCCUAUAGGAUUAUUUAGCGACAACUGUUCUGAAAAAUGCAGCCCCCCAAACUAUGGAGAAGACUGCCAGUCCAUAUGUCAAUGCCCUGAUAUUGACUGUCAUUUUGUUAAUGGGUGUUUGCAGGAUACCACAACUUUAACAACCCACUGGCAACUAAGUUCAACGAACGAAAUUAAAAAUAGACUCAGCGCAUCAGUAACAUUUAAGGUAUUGAACAGUACAAGUUUAUACCAAACUGAAGAUCAGGAUUUUCCCGCAGAUGUCAAUUUACCAAUAGAUAAUGACUUAUUCAAAAAUAGCUUUUUAAUUAAUUUAGUCCAAGCAGUUGUGAGUCUCGUGGGAGUUUUUGUGUUCUUUUUCGCUGCAUGCGUUGUCACAUACAUAUAUUUCAAGUGUUUCCGGCAGAAAACGGAUGUUAAUAGACUAAACAGCAAUCAAUGUGGAUCUGAAUACAAAUCCUUGAGUUUUGAAGCAGUGGAAUGUGAGAGUCCGUUACGUCCAGAACCAGAGCAACAGGCUAAUUUGGAGUUGACUUAUCUUACACCAGUGUUUAGAAACGAUGAGAAAAGUGAAACAAAUAUUUUGGCGGAAAGCGAAAUCGUAGCAGACAUCCCAAUGCACAAUCGAAAAAUUUGUUCACAAACUAGAGAUGAAUCGAAAUUGACUACUGACAAUUUGAAAGACCAUGUUUACAUUGAGAUUUUAGAACACAAUAUCGAAAGGUCAGGAGUACAUGAAGGUCGUGACGGUGAAAAUCGAUGAAGAGUAAUAAAAAACAAUCAUAGAUUAUACAGUCUACAUAAAUAUACAAUAAUAACGACCAGUUUUAGACAAUCGAAUUUUUGGAAAAUAUAAUGUAUCUUUAUACUCGCAAUCACAACUCUCUUAUAUUCUAAAUCUUAUCUUAUCUUCUAAAUUUAAAAACCAUUAUAUAUGACAGUUUGUGUUAUCUAAGCAAACUGAACAAUGUCCUUGAUCUAGUUUAACUAAAUACAUUGCUUUACUGUGCCGUGUUUGUUAUGAUAUUGA